AUGUCAACAUUUGAUUCGUGGCUUGGAAACGUCAAUCACAACUCCCAAGCAGUGUUGAUGAUGCACCAUGCGUCGAUAGUGGUGGCUAACGAAGAUUUAAAGCAUUGCUUACAUGCAGGCCUCUUUGAGUUCAGUGUUUCCGCUAUUUCCAGAGAGUUGGGAGCAAGGAAAAUGGUGCUGGUUGGCUCUGGGCCACUUGGAUGCAUACCAGAGCUAUCCUUGGUGAGUGGCAAUUACAGUUGCAUUGAUCGGGUCAACAACUUGGUCACUUCAGUCAACAACUGCCUUACUCAACUCUCAAAAUCCAGUGCCAGCCUCCCUGGAUCUUUCUUCAUCUAUCAAAACAUUUAUAAUCUCUUCUAUGACAUGGCCACAAACCCUGCCAAACAUGGGUUCGCAGUAUCAAGCAAAGUCUGUUGCAGUAAUGGGAAGUACGGAGGGCAGCUCACCUGCCUUCCCCUGCAGCAGCCAUGCAAUAGAAACCAAUACAUGUUUUGGGACUCUCUCCAUCCAACUCAAGCUGCCAAUGCCAUUAUAGCAAAAAUGUGCUACAGCAAGUCUACAGCCAAAUGCCACCCAAUCAGUGUCUACCAGCUAGCUGAACUAUAGAGGGGAAAUUUCCACUUAGACUAGCCAACUUCGGUUACUCUUAAGUCUUAUCUUAUUUUCAGGUGGGUAUUGCUAUUACACAGAUUAAGUGACGUUGUACCACACUCCUAUGACCUAUUCUAGUUUCUUUGAUAAAUAUAUAGCAUAGAAGAGGUAAUCUUGACACAGGAUAUGCAAGGCAGCACUCGCAGCUCAGUUUUCAAACAAAGGCUAGUAAGUUGAUGCUAACUAGUUAACAAAAAACAGUACAGCUUGAUUCAAUGAAAAAUACUCAAUACUAACAGGUUAAGAAAGCAAAAACAGUAAGCUCAAUUCAAUCAAAAAUACUCUUCCCAGAGUCCAUGGACAACCCAGACAUUUUGAUAUCAACACUGUCAAAAGCAGCUAUGAUCAAAAAGCAAGACACAGAAAAGACAGUCAAUAGCUCCCACCAACAGGUGAAAGACCACAUAUAAUAAAU